CCCAGCAGUCUGAAGGAACGAAGAGCUGCUUAAGGGUCAUCUCUUGAAAUCCUGAAGAUGUAUAAAUUGAAGGUAGUGACGGGGACUGACCUGGCUGCUGGCACCUGUAGUAAUGUCUCUAUUGUCCUUGUGGGGGUGCAUGGAGAAAGUGACGUACACCAACUGCCCCAUCAAUGGAGCAACUUCAUAUCUGGAGCUGUGAAAGAGUUUAAUAUCACUGUAAAUAAAGACCUUGGAGAGCUCAUGUUGGUAAGGCUGUCCAUGGAGCGUUACCUAAAUUUUCAAAUGGAUCCCUGGUACUGCAAUUAUGUCACUGUAACCUGUCCCAAAGGCCAACGCUACCAAUUCCCAUUGUAUCAGUGGAUAUUCAAAUCUGUGGAGAUUCCAGAAGGGAAGGGUGUUGUGAUAACUAAGAAUACUCACCCCGUUCUCCAGCAACAAAGAAAAUUAGAAUUGGAGAUGAAUAGAGAAACUCACAAGUGGAAAGUUUAUGCAGAAGGUGCCCCCCAUUGCAUUGAUGUAACCAAUAAUGAUCUACAGAAUCUGCCUCCUAAUGACCGGUACUCCUUCCAGAAGCAGGCCAGUUUUGGUUCUACAUUCAAUUCCACUGGCUUAGAAGUAAAGCUGAAUGGAUAUGCCCUAAAUACUGAUUCAUGGCAUAUCCUGGAAGACAUCCACCUAGUGGCCUCCCUGCGAAGAUCACAGUAUUCAGAUAUAGUGAGUAAGAUAUGGAAGGAGGAUUCUUUCUUUGGAAGCCAAUAUCUGAAUGGACUUAACCCCACGCUGAUCAAGAAAUGUGUUGAAGUACCAGGGAAUUUCCCAGUUACUGACCAGAUGGUGGCCCCAUCCCUGGGGGCUUGCACAAAUCUACAGAAAGAAAUUCAGAAUGGUCACAUUUUCCUGGCAGAUUAUGCGAUUCUCCAGGGUGUUCCCGCCAAUACCAUCAAUGAAAAGCCUCAAUACAUGGCAACCCCUAUGUGUCUACUGUGGAAGAAUCCUCAGGAUCAGCUUGUCCCAAUUGCCAUCCAGUUAUCUCAGACUCCUGGAAAAGAUGUUCCCAUCUUCCUGCCCAGCGACUCGGAAUUUGACUGGAUAUUGGCCAAGAUCUGGGUGCGUAGUGCUGAUUUCCAGGUGCAUGAAGCUGGCACUCACCUUCUCAAUACCCAUCUUCUAGCUGAGGUCUUCUCAAUUGCAACUACCAGGCAACUUCCAAUGGGGCACCCACUGUAUAAACUGAUAAUUCCACACUUUCGCUACACCCUAGAAAUAAAUUCCUUUGCAAGGACGAGUCUCAUUGGACCAGGUGGCGUCUUUGAUCAAGCUUCGGUGACUGGGAGAGGAGGGAUCCCCGUAAUUCUAAAGAAAGCAAUGGAUGAGGUGACCUAUAUCAGCCUUUGUCUCCCUGAUGAUAUAAAGGGAAGAGGAAUGGAGCACAUUCCCAACUACUUGUAUAGGGAUGAUGGCAUGAAGAUCUGGGCAGCUAUGGAAAGCUUUGUGUCCAACAUAAUUAAUUACUAUUAUACAAGUGAUGAGAUGGUCAAGGAAGACCCUGAACUUCAGGCCUGGGUAGCUGAGAUUUUUAAGGAAGGAUUCCUGCAAAAUAAGUGUUCAGAAGUCCCAUAUUCCUUGGGAACCAGAGCUUCUCUAAUCAAAUACCUGACAAUGGUCAUCUUCAGAUGUUCUGCUCAGCAUGCAGCUGUCAAUAGUGGUCAGUUUGACUUCUAUUCUUGGAUGCCUAAUGGCCCCACCACCAUGAAAAGCCCCCCGCCCAGCACCAAAGGUGACAAUACAAUGGAGACGAUUUUGAAAGCAUUGCCGGAUGUAAACAGUACAGCUGCUGGUAUAAGUACUGUGCGGAUUCUCAGCACUGAGCCCAUGGAUAGAAGGCGUCUAGGAGAGUACCCCAAUGAACGUUUUACAGAGAAGACCCCACAACUGUUCAUUAAGAAGUUCCAACAGCAACUGUCUGAGAUCUCCAAAUGCAUCCAGGAGAGGAACGAGACCAUGCGUCUGCCCUAUCCCUACCUGGACCCAAGUCAGAUAGAAAACAGUGUCUCCAUUUAAUAGCGAUAGUGAUGGAUCUGCUUUCUGACUUUUUUCAAUGCUUUGCAUCUUUCUAUAUGUGAUGAUAUCAUUGCAGACUAUCAUAACAUCUAAGGAUAAAUGUGGAUAACAUCUCUAUCAAAAAUGUUUUCUCUGUGAAAUAUAUAUUUUUAUGUAAAAAUAUUUACAAUCUUUUUGCUCUCCUCGGCAGUAUACCAGCGUUUGUGGCCACUGAACAUAACGGUUAGGAAAACAUAUAUGGUAAUGGGUCCAAAUGUAGAUUUUACAAAUGCAUUGCUUGUUUGCCUUUUGCAUUUUGUUCCUUCCUCACGCCAUGGCUAGGAGAUGCUCUAGUAUAGCUAGUCCCACCCUCUUUUCUGUCUUUAGUUUGUUCUGAGCACAUGUAAUUGCUGAAGGUAGACAUACUAUUGUUUUUGACCUAUCUGAUCUUAAUCUGUUAAGAUCUGCACACAUUUUGUAUUAAAGCGUUCUGCUAUCUGCAAGAUGUCAUUUGAAUUGAGUCACUGUCUGCUAUUUUACUGAGACUAUAAGUUACAACUAUCUUGCCACAACUGGAUCAUUUAUAGAGGGCACACUUCAGUGCUUAGAUUAGAUGGAGAAGCAGAACAUAUGGUAUAUAUGUAAAAGAACUAGGGACACAAAGCACGAUAGAAAAGCUGUUUGCAAACUGGAAAACUAUACUUUUUGUGUUUUUUGAUUGCAUAAAAUGUACAGCAUGAGAUUCUCAGGCCCUUUUUGAAAAAUAAAAAGCACUAUUUGACAGAUU